CGUAGUCAAAACCCAAAACUCGAAAGAAUCAUCAAUCACGUCGGGAUUAUAAGGAGUAAGGACUAUUCCUACGGAAAGAAACCCACAAACGGCGUCUCUUUUGCUUUUGCGGCAUUAGAGAGAGAGAGAGAAAUCAGACAGGAGUUUGCUGGUAGAAAACUUGGGCGUGCUUUAUCCCCUCUGCUGCUGCUGCCUGCUUUUCCUUUUUCAGCAUCUCCCUCUUUCUCUUUCUUACUACAAAACGAUUCUACAAUUUUCAGAUCAUGAGCGCCAUCUCCCCCAACCAGAUUCAGUGGUUUUACUCGUCGGAGGAAUGAAAUGGACUGUUGAAAUUUCUGCUCGCUGGUGAACUUCAGAGGAAAAUCAGAACUUCUGGGUUUGUUAUCAAUGGGGAGUGCUUCCGAAUCCGAAGAUGGUUUCGAUCAACAGAGCGAGCGGUUUGGGAGCUAUAGCUUGAGUGCCGACGUCAGUGAGUCGGAGAGUUCAAGUAGUUUCUCUUGCCAGCGUUACGAUGCCGAAGGUGCUUCCAGUUCUCUUUCGUCUUCCCCGCUUCCUGCCCACCUUUUGCCAGCGAAUUCUGCUUUUCCUCCGCCGCCACUGAUGUUACCUGUCAUCGGCGGGAGAGAUGUGGUGUUUUGGGAGGAGAAGCCCGAGAAAAGGGAGGCAGAUUUAUCUGAAGUUGAGAUGAUGAAGGAGCGGUUCGCCAAGCUUCUUCUUGGAGAAGACAUGUCAGGUGGAGGGAAGGGAGUCUGUACUGCUCUCGCUAUCUCCAAUGCCAUUACGAAUCUCUCAGCUACCGUGUUCGGAGAGCUAUGGAGGUUGGAGCCGUUGGCGCCGCUGAAGAUGGCAAUGUGGUGCAGAGAGAUGGAAUGGCUCUUAUGUGUGAGCGAUUCCAUAGUGGAGCUCAUUCCUUCAUUACAAGAGUUCCCAGGAGGUGGGACCUUCGAGGUCAUGGUGACUCGGCCGCGCUCAGAUCUAUGCAUAAACCUCCCGGCUCUCAAGAAGCUUGACGCUAUGUUGCUUACUAUGCUUGAUAGCUUCGAGGACACCGAGUUUUGGUAUGUCGAUCGCAGCAUAAUUGUUGCUGAUGCAGAUGAUGUUGAUUAUUGUCCAUCAUCUACUUUUGGGAGGCCUUCUAUGAGGCAGGAAGAGAAGUGGUGGCUCCCGUGCCCUAGGGUCCCACCUAAUGGUUUGUCUGAAGAUGCGAGGAAGAGAUUGCAGCAGUGUAGGGACUGCACAAAUCAAAUCCUUAAAGCGGCCAUGGCAAUCAAUAGCAGUGUGCUUGCUGAGAUGGAGAUUCCAAAUGUGUACUUGGAGAGCUUGCCAAAGGGUGGAAAAGCUUGUCUAGGUGAGAUCAUCUACCGCUACAUAACUGCAGACCAAUUCUCCCCGGAAUGUCUUCUUGAUUGUUUAGAGCUAUCAUCAGAACACCAUGCUCUUGAGGUAGCAAACCGAAUUGAAGCUUCAAUUCAUGUUUGGAGGCAGAAGGACCGCAAAAAAUGUAAAAAGCACACAAAAUCUGGGCGGUCAUCAUGGGGUGGUAAAGUCAAAGGGCUAGUUGGUGAUGGAGAAAAGAGCCAACUUCUGGCAGAACGAGCAGAAACUCUCUUACAAAGCCUAAGGCUACGGUAUCCUGGUCUCCCGCAGACUGUUCUGGACAUGAACAAGAUCCAAUACAACAAGGAUGUGGGGCAGUCGAUUCUUGAGAGCUACUCGAGGGUGAUGGAGAGCUUAGCCUUCAACAUAAUGGCGAGGAUUGAUGAUGUACUUUAUGUAGAUGAUGCAACCAAGCAAUGCGCUGCUGCAGAUUCCCUGUCUUUACAUGGCCGGGGUGGAAAAGGAGGUAUUUCCAUACAAAAGCGGAUUUCACCUAGCCCUUUCUCAGUUCAGCUUCAGCAAUCCCCUUAUGCAUCUCCAUUCACAGCACCGACUUUCUGUGCUUCAACUUCUGUUGCCGGAAGCCCUGGAAGUAUACAUCCUUCUCUAAGCAAGAACAAUCAUGGGGACCACCUCCAGGAUACAAAAGAGAAACUGAAUACAGAAGACGUGGGGGGGAUAUGGUCAUACGCUGGACAUCUGAGUGCCAGAAAAGAUUCUGGAUAUGCUCCAGAGAGGGAUUGAUUCAUGGUGGAACCAUUAAGGCCACCAAAUUCGAUCCUAAGAAAGGUCUUGUCUCUUGUAAUUCUUUAAGCUUAUGGAGGUAGUAUCUAAGUAUCUUGUAUAUUCUUUAGAAAUAGAAUAACAUAUUUCAAAAUUUCCAUAUUCAUAGCUCAUGAGCAAAUGAACAUUUCUUGCUUGCCAAAUGCCAA